GUGUAUGCACUGAGAGAGCAUCCUGGCGUAGCAGCACAUGCGUGCGCAUUGCGCAGGCUCGGCCUCCCGCUCUCUUUUACCAACCAAUGAGGGACGAGAGCGAGUGUCGCCUUCUCUUCGUUGCUCUCUGCCGUCUCUGUCAGUUGCUCGGGUUCAGCGGCCAAACGAGGACAGCGACACUGCUCUCCGAUAGAAAGAAAUAGCUGCAAGUGGAACAAGGACGACGCCAUAUAUGCCGGACGGAAAACUCAUAUGGACGUAGCGACGGUGAGACGCGUUCAACGAAGACAGAGCCACAGUUUCAAGUAGCCCCCAAGCUUGACCCGUGUACGGGACGAAGACGGAAGACAGCAGCCUCGAGAGAGCCAAAAUAAGGGAGUCCGGGCAGGCGGUCGGAGAAGAGACGACGACCCCACGAAGAGAGAAAAAGAGACGACCUGAUCUCGACGUUGCUGUUUCUCAUUCGCCUUCUGCGUGUACACGUAUAUAUGUUAAAUACGUAACGCGUGUGCACCCACAGACGAAAUUUUCCCCGUGCUCGUCCUUGGCUGCUGAAGUUGCCUGCUUGGUCUUGGGUGAGGAAAAGAAUCUUCGUCGUCGACGACAUGACUGGACGCGAGCAACGGAGCACCGUUUCGGAGUCAGUAAUCAUCGGAGGGACCUAGUGCAACUGACUGAGAACGGCAAGCACACCAACUCGGAGAGGACUGCUGCGAGAAGAUAAGCACGCGAACCACAGAUCGAACGAGAGACUGAGUUAUACUGCUGGCUGCGUCGUCUCAUCUCACAUGUACACGCCACGCACCCGUGAAUCUGUCCUCGUCACGCCCAAAGUAGAGCCGAUAAAAAAAGGGGGACGACGACGCUUUGGUAGCUCUUUCGCUCCUCGUAUAGGCAGUAACAGGGGGAAAACAUCGGUGGAAAAGAGAAGGCCGCUCAGUCACUAGAGGAGGAAGGGAUGGAGUUCGGUGGGCAGCGGAGAGAGGAGAGUCUACCCAGUCGAUUUCGGAGCAGCAGUGAUACAGGCGUCCUUCUCUGUCUGGCUUCUGGCUGGGUCGGGAGCUACAGCUCACUUUUAAGCUCUCGUAUCACGCCCACGCGAGCGAGCGAGGCCCCGAUACAUCCUCCGUCUCGCUCGGCUGGUCGGCCAUUUUCUUUCUCUGUUUAGAGCCCGGGCGAAAGCUGAAGCCAAAGUCUACUGUGCUAGCUAGGAUAAAAAAAGGACAGCACAUCAAUGGCUCUAGAAUCAAAUGGUAGCAACGUGGUAUGGUUAAGCACAACUCGAGCGGAACAAGUACAGCAGGCCCAAUUGACCCAGGCACCAGUAAAGUGCUCGAUGUUUACCCAAACAGAGCAAACCAACAGCUUUACGCAGACUGAGCAAAGCAACUCCAGCUACACAGAUCAGCGGCAGUCUCAGCAAAUAACAAUGUUCGACCCUCAACAAAUACAGCAGCAAACUGCUCAGGGUCAACAGACACAACAGCAAGCUCAACAGAUGUACGUGACUACCGAUAAAAAAGAAGAGAAGUCUGGCCAACAAACAACAACCGCAGAAUUUCCGUUCUAUUACAACGUAAAUAUGUUACAAAAGGUGCAAGGAAACACCGUUGGGACCAUUGGAGCAAUUACGACAGACGACAAGGGUUGCUAUCGUUUCGAUGUGCAGCCAGUCGCUGCAGUGGGCUACAACACCAUUAUCAAUCAGAUGAACCUCACGACGACCUUUACGUGUGACACGUGCAACCUCGUUUUUGGCCACAGUAGUUUGCUCAAUCAUCACAAACGCAUCCACAAUACUACUCCGAGUAACCAGCAGCAGCAACCUUCACAGGUUGGUGUUCAAACGCCGACGACGGUCACUGUUGCCACUACACCAGAACGGCCGCACACGUGUGACACUUGUGGUGCCUGCUUUGCACUACCUGGGGAAUUAAAAAGCCACAAAACAAACAUGCAUCCAAAGCCCAAGGUUCAGUUUUGCGACGAGUGCGGCAGUGAGGACCCUUGUGAACAUCAUCCAACUAAAGUUAAGAAGACUAUUAAACCAGGUCAUCAUCCGGUGAAGCGGCGUGGUGUAACCAGUGUUACCAAAUGUCAUAAGUGCAACGGCACGGGCAUUAUAUUCAUUGGUAAACACAACGAAAAACUUGAAUCCGGAAACUGUUCCCUCGCGAAGUGUACCGGCUGCAAGGCAACGGGCCGUAUCAUCAUAGGAAGCGGAAAGGCGAACAGCCAACAACAGGAAAAGCCGUUUCACUGUAACGUGUGCGACGGUACAUUUUCUAGGUAUUCCUCGCUAUGGUCUCAUAAAAGAUUGCACUCGGGUGACAAACCGUUCAAGUGCGAAGUCUGCGGCCUAGCCUUCGCCAAGGCUGCGUAUUUGAAGAACCACGGUCGUGUACAUACGGGAGAGAAACCUUUUAAGUGCAGCCAUUGUGGAAUGCAAUUUUCACAGUCACCGCAUUUAAAGAAUCACGAACGCAUACAUUCGGGUGAACGCCCGUAUCAGUGUGAAGUUUGCGAAAAGACGUUUGCUAGGCACUCGACUCUCUGGAAUCAUCGCAGGAUUCAUACAGGCGAGAAGCCAUAUCGAUGCAACACCUGUGGGUCAGCGUUCAAUCAAGCGACACAUCUCAAGAAUCACGCCAAGGUCCAUACGGGAGAAAAACCACACAGAUGUGACAUCUGUGAGAUCGGUUUUUCGGACCGUUUCGCUCUGAAGCGUCACCGAGCCAUUCACGAGAAGUACGGCCAGACGGCAGCGCGCAAUAGCAACGCCAACUCAAGCAACGCCCAAGCUAACAACAACCAACAACAAGCUCAGCAGCAAGCCACCCAACAACAGCAACAAGUCGUCGUGGUGAACACGGCGACGCCUGUGACGGUCAGCCAAGGCCAGGGUCAAGCCGUCAUGUUGGAGGAAGUGUACAAGUGCCAGGUCUGAGAACAGAUACGCUUUGAUCAGUUAAAUUAAAAAAUUGUGUAAUGUACGUAGCUACUCUAUACGUUAAUAAUAUGCUGAUAGGCUUCUAGCCAGUGAAUGUGAACACGAAUUAUGACGGAAUGUGAGAAUGAAAAAAAAGGGAAUAUUAACCGUCGACCUAUCGUGAUUUGUGCGGGCAUCGUUAUAGGCUGCGAUGUCAAAUAUUAUUGAUGUAUUUAUAAACAGAAUAAUAUGACAAGAGUGAUGAGUACGUGUGCAAGACGAACGAAACCAUUUUUUUUCUUCUUUUUUUUCGUCGUACGAUCGCUGUCAUCAUAAGUUUUUUCCUUGUAAUGAGAGGGGAUCGUGAUAGUAUGAGAUGUGCAUCUUUGAAUCCAGAUUCUAAUUUUCAACAUACCUAAAAACUACGUUAAAAAUUGUGUUACAAAAAG